CGCGCCCCGUGCCCGUGCCGUCCCGUCCCGUCGCGCGCCGACAUGGCCUCGGGGGCCGCCAGCGCGGCCGUGAAGAUCGGAAUAAUUGGUGGAACAGGCUUGGAUGAUCCGGAAAUCUUAGAAGGAAGAACUGAAAAAUAUGUGGACACUCCAUUUGGCAAGCCAUCUGAUGCCUUAAUUUUGGGGAAGAUAAAAAACGUUGAUUGCGUCCUUCUUGCAAGACAUGGGAGGCAGCACACCAUCAUGCCUUCAAAAGUCAACUACCAGGCGAACAUCUGGGCUUUGAAGGAAGAGGGUUGCACACAUGUCAUAGUGACCACAGCUUGCGGCUCCUUGAGGGAGGAGAUUCAGCCUGGCGACAUCGUCAUUAUUGAUCAGUUCAUUGACAGGACAUCCAGAAGACCUCAGACCUUGUACGAUGGAAGUCAUUCCUGUACCCGAGGAGUAUGCCAUAUCCCAAUGGCUGAGCCGUUUUGCCCCAAAACAAGAGAGGUCCUCAUAGAGACAGCUAAGAAGCUAGGACUUCGGUGCCACUCCAAGGGGACAAUGGUCACCAUUGAGGGGCCUCGUUUCAGCUCCCGGGCAGAGAGCUUCAUGUUCCGCACCUGGGGAGCAGAUGUUAUCAAUAUGACCACUGUUCCAGAGGUGAUUCUUGCUAAGGAGGCUGGAAUUUGCUAUGCAAGCAUUGCCAUGGCAACAGAUUAUGAUUGCUGGAAGGAACAUGAAGAAGCAGUUUCAGUGGACCGGGUUUUAAAGACCCUCAAAGAAAAUGCCAAUAAAGCCAAAAGUUUACUCCUCACUACCAUACCUCAGAUAGGGUCAAUGGAGUGGUCAGAAACCCUCCACAACCUGAAGAAUAUGGCCCAGUAUUCCGUUUUAUUACCAAGACAUUAAUAGCAUGACGGCCACCAGAAGACUUUCUACUAAUCAUUUUGAGAAUUUUGCUUAACUUUGAAAAACAAAAAUGGGAAAUGCAAUUUCAUGCGCUUGCCUACAAAAGAAGAGCCUGCAGUGAGAAAGCCAGGGUGGAGAGUUGCACAGCAUCGGAGGCUCCGCCCAGAAACAUGGACUUCUCCAGAACCCAGAAGAGCAAGUAGCAUGGCCAGCAGAGUAGAUAAGGGGCAGUCUGACAAUGGAGAGGGGAAGAAGUGAGAAAUUCUCAUUCUCACAUUCCUGGAUAAAUUUGCAAUGAUCAGGACUGGGGAGAACAGUCCAGCUUCCUGUGCUGCUCAGUAAUGAGGUGGGUGGGUGGAAAUCGCUGCGUCUUUCUGGAGAACAGUUUGGUAAAAACACAUGUGCACUUUGGUACUCUAGGAAUUUCUCUUUAUAAAGUUAUGAGAUUAUACAAAGAGCUGCAUGUAAAGAAGGAUAUUGGAUUAGUGUUACUUAAAAUAGCAACUAUUCAGAGCAAUCUGAAUAUGCAAAAAUUACAUGUGAAUUAUGUUUCCAACAUAAUUCUAACUGAAGGUCAUGUUUUCAUGAAUAUUUAAUGUACUAAAGAAACGGUUGCUCUAUAAAAUGAGAUAGAAACAGUGUGUAAGCAUUUUGCAGUCCUAGUUUUAUUUUUAAAUACUAUGUAAAUGUACAAAGACUAGAGGGAGGAUACAUAAUCAUAUUACUGUAUUUGUGGGAGGGAUGUUAGGUGAUUCUUGUUUUCUUUGACUGCAUAUCUACAUUUUUCUACAAUGAAUAUAAUCAAAUAAUAAAGUGGUAAGAAUAAAA